AACCCUCACCGCUCCUCGACCCCCAACGGCCUGCUCUAGCUCUACCCCAAGUGCACACCCUCCGUCCCUUCCCUUUAGCGCCUCUUACAUAAUCCUUCUGGGUCAAAUCUGGUGGAGAAGAGCCAACUCCUGGAAAAUGCGCCAUGCAACAUCUCCCUCUGUGAGCUUUACCGUCCAUGCAUCCUUCGAAAGAAAGCUUAUCUCGAAUAUGAAUGAUCCAAGCAGCGCUAGGGGAUUUUUCUACACCUCUGCUCUCCACAGGAACAUCGGAAUGCCCUACUAUUUUCAUUACAAAGUCUACGCAAUGCAAUCCCAUACUCACAAAGGACUCCAAAGGUCGGCCAUUCUACAUCCAGCCCGUGCACUCUUCCCUCGACGCGUCCUCUCGAGCCGCCCACCGUUACAUGCAGCAGAAGCACAACCAAUGGUCACAAAGUCGACCGCCUACAACAAAACAUUAGCCUCGAUAGGUGCGCAAAUCGCAAGGGUCGGUGCCACCAAGCACACCAACGGCGCUGGCGCUGGUGUGCAGUCCAGGCCAUCGAUUUGGGAGAGGGUCAAGGAAGAGUCCGGACACUAUUGGGAUGGAACAAAAUUGCUCGGGAAAGAAAUCAAGAUCUCUGCAAAACUCGCAAACCGCCUGCUGUAUGGCAACCAACUCACAAGGCGCGAGCAGCGUCAGUUGAAACGAACCACAGGUGAUCUCCUUCGCCUGAUUCCCUUCUCAGUCUUUAUCAUCGUCCCCUUCAUGGAAUUCCUCCUCCCCUUCGCUCUAAAGUUCUUCCCCAGCAUGCUACCCUCAAUCUUCGAGGACUCCCUCUCAAGAGAACAAAAGGAACGGAAACUCCUUAGCAUGCGACUCGAAAUGUCCAGGUUCCUACAGGAGACCCUCGGAGAAUCCGCCGUCCCUGCUGGCUCAGACCGUGCCGUGGCCCUGAAGGAAUUCGGAGACUUUUUCAGAAAGCUCCGCACGACAGGCGACCAAGCACCCACGGACGAGCUACUUCGUGUUGCCAGAUUGUUCACGAACGAGGUGACACUCGACAACCUCGCGAGACCUCAACUCGUCUCCAUAGCUCGGUACAUGAACCUGAAUACGUUCGGGACUGACAGUCUCUUGAGGUACCAGAUCCGUAACAGUAUGAACGCCAUCAAGAAGGACGAUCAGUUAGUCAUGUUAGAAGGCAUCGACUCUCUUACCCCCAACGAAUUGCUCGCAGUAUGUCAAUACCGCGCCAUCCACACCAAAGGCCUUUCCACACCCCGUCUCCGCAACGAACUCGCCCAAUGGCUCGACCUUCACCUCACCCACACCAUCCCCUCCUCGCUCCUAAUCCUCUCCCGCGCGUUCUCGUUCUCGGACUCGGACAUUGCAGGGACGCCCACGCUGCCGAUCGAGGCCCUCCAGGCCACCCUAUCCUCCUUGCCAGACACCCUUCUGGUCCAGACUGAAUUUUACGCCUCUGAACCCGAUGGUGCGGCUACUCCUAGUCAGAAGCUCGAGAUCCUGGAGCAGCAGGAAGAGUUGAUUGCGGAUGAAAAGACCCAGCAGGAAAGAGAAUUGAAUGUCAAAGAAAUGAUACUGGACAAUCAGAAAAUGAACGCGCAAGAAGAAAAAGAAGAAGAGAGAGGCGCUCGUUCGACAGCGCAGCGACUGUUGGAAUUGCAUGAAGCCCUGAGAAUCAUGCCUUCUCGAUCUGAAGUGAGGGAACAGUGUGAAUCACAAGGCCGAAACAAAGACGAUGUAGAGUUCAUAGAAUUGAGUGCCGACACCACCACCACCACCGCCACCACCACCACUACAGGAGCAGGUAGUCAACCACGAGUAUCACUGUAAAAAUAGCGGC